CAGAUGUUUCUCACGGUCUAUCUCAGUAAUAAUGAGCAACAUUUUACCGAGGUUCCCGUUACUCCAGAGACCACCUGCAGAGAUGUCAUAGAGCUUUGUAAGGAGCCGGAGAGUUGGAGUGCCAUUUGUCGGAGGUUUGGCGUGGUUCAGAGCGUCCUAUAGCAGACAAUGAACGGAUGUACGAUGUUCUGCAGAAAUAUGGGAUGCAGUGGAAUGAAGCCCGGUUCUUUCUACGCCAUGAGCGUCCACCAUCUAGAGGGUCAGUUAAUGUACAGAGAGCAAACGACCCCAACAUAAGACGGAAUGGCGUAAAAGGCCCUGCAGACAGAAUGAUAAUGGAAAAUGGGGUGAAUGGUCCCAGAAUGGACAUGACCCUAGCGGAACUUCAGGAAAUGGCGGCCCGACAGCAGCAGCAAAUAGAAUCCCAACAGCUAAUGCUGGCUACAAAGGAACAGAGGCUGAAAUAUCUGAAACAGCAAGACCAGCGUCAGCAGCAGGCCAGCGAGCAAGAGAAGCUGAAACGCUUGAAGGAGAUUGCUGAGAAUCAGGAAGCCAAGCUGAAAAAAGUGCGAGCCCUGAAGGGUCAUGUGGAGCAGAAGAGGCUCAGCAAUGGCAGAUUAAUGGAGGAGAUCGAGCAAAUGAAUAACCUGUUCCAGCAGAAGCAGAAGGAGCUCAUGGUAGCCGUGGCUAAAGUGGAGGAGCUGAAUAGACAGCUGGAGAUGCUAAAGAACGGGCGUAUUGAGGGUUACCAUGACAACCAGUCAGCAGUUGCUGAACUUGACCGGCUAUACAAAGAGCUGCAGUUGAGGAACAAGCUGAACCAGGAGCAGAAUGCCAAGCUGCAACAGCAGAGAGAGAGCCUGAACAAGCGCAACUCGGAGGUGGCCGCAAUGGACAAACGCGUCAACGAGCUCCGAGAUCGUCUCUGGAAGAAGAAAGUGGCCCUGCAGCAAAAGGAGAACGUACCAAUUUCAUCUGAUGGGAAUCUGCCUCCACAAGUUGUGCCUAUCUCCAGCAGAGUGGCAGCUGUCGGCCCUUACAUUCAGUCUGCCACCAUGCCACGUAUGCCAUCCAGACCUGAGCUGCUGGUUAAACCUGCCUACUUGGAGGGAACCACUCCCACACAAGUACCGGAUGUGCCACUGAAGUCCCAGACUCUUCCCAACAUGAAGACUGCUCAGGGCAAGGCGCAAUCUGGCACCGGCGUCCACAGCAUCAAACUUCUGCAGGCUGGUACUGAUUGGAGCACUGUUAAUGGCGAGAGUCAAAGCACAGCAAAAGGCUCUGUGACUACCAGCGGACAGGCUGUAGAUACUGAUCCCUCAGCACGGGACAAAGAUAAGAAGACCAGACCUAAUUCCAUGUUUGAUUCUGUUCAGCCUCCUCCCGCUCCCCCCAAUCUUGGCACAUUACGAAAAAAUCAGAGUAGUGAAGAUCUGCUCAGAGAUGUUCAGACUGCAAAUAAAAACACGGCAAAAGUUCCACCACCUGUUCCCUCCAAACCAAAACAGAUCAACCUGCCUUACUACAGUCAGGCUCCCCAGUCGGCUGCAGCUGAUACAAAGACGGAGGUAACCCCACCAAAGCCUACUUCGACCUAUGCUGCAAACAAGCAGAAAGUAUCCGUUCAGCAGAGGCUGUCUGUGCCUUCCAGCCAGGAACUUCCACCACCCGCCAAGUUGGAUAAUCCUCCUGCAGUGGCGGUUCGUCCGUUCACUCCUCAGUCGGCCAAAGACCCGCCAGUGCCACCGUUCAACAAACCUCAGAUGGUGGCUGCUAGUUCUAUCUAUUCCAUGUAUACAAAGCAGCAGACUCCUGGGAAAAACUACAGUGUACAGGGUGCCCUCAGCAGAGCUCAGACACGGGCUCAGUUUUCCAGCGUUUAUGGUAAACCAGUCAUUGGUGGUGCAGGAGCUCAGAACCAGCAAAACGGCAGUCUACAUACAGACCUCAUCUUAGUAGAUGGACAGACUAAAUCCAGCAGUCCAGAGCCAGACUCUGAGACUCCGGCAACCAGCAGUGAAAACCAGGAGACCGAAAGGAUUCCCCGUCCACUCAGCCCUACCAAACUGCUGCCAUUUUUAUCCAACCCAUACCGCAACCAGAGUGAUGCUGACCUGGAGGCUCUGAGAAGGAAACUGUACAAUGCCCCCAGGCCGCUAAAGAAACGUAGCUCCAUAACAGAGCCAGAAGGACCCAAUGGACCAAACAUUCAAAAGCUUCUGUAUCAGAGGACUACCCUGGCUGCUAUGGAGACCAUCUCUGCCCCCAAGCAGACCCCUGUGACGUCGAUCUCUGAGAGCUCCACAGAGACUCAAAGUUUGCAGGUCUCCACAGAUGUACAGGAUGAAGUCCCCACAGAAGAUCCCUCUUCUCUGCAUGUCCUGGACAUUCCCCCACCCGAAGACAAUGUUGGCAUGUUCACCGAGGACAUAGAGAUCCCUUCGCCGGAGCUAGGUCCAGACAGUAUUCCUGAAGGAAUCCCCUUCCAGGUCUGUCAUCCCCAGCAGAGGAGGUGGAGGUGAAUCAGGAUACAGUUCAGCCUCCUGAUACAUAUGUUGAAGAGUACCCUCCCUACCCUCCACCCCCAUACCCCACUGGAGGAGACCCAGAAAACUUGGUAGAGGACAUUAACAUGCACCCUCCAGAAAUCACUGAGCAAUUCUCUCUCCCUCUUGGAAAGAGGACAAACUUGCGAAAGAAUGGCUCCGAGAGAAUUGGACAUGGAAUGAGAGUGAGGUUUAAUCCGCUGGCUUUGCUGCUUGAUUCCUCGCUGGAGGGAGAGUUUGAUCUCGUGCAGAGAAUAAUCUAUGAAGUUGAAGAUCCCAGCGAGCCCAAUGAUGAGGGAAUCACAGCACUUCACAAUGCAGUAUGCGCCGGUCACACAGAGAUCGUUAAAUUCCUUGUACAGUUUGGUGUGAAUGUUAAUGCUGCAGACAGCGAUGGCUGGACCCCGCUGCACUGCGCUGCAUCAUGUAACAACGUACAAGUUUGUAAAUUUCUGGUAGAGUCUGGAGCCGCGGUAUUCGCCACAACGUACAGUGACAGACAGACCGCAGCAGAUAAAUGCGAAGAGAUGGAGGAAGGCUACAGCCAGUGCUCCCAGUUCCUCUAUGGUGUUCAAGAGAAGAUGGGCAUUAUGAAUCGUGGCGUCCUCUAUGCCCUCUGGGAAUGCGAGGAGGAGAGCAAUGAUGAGCUGAGCUUAAAGGAAGGAGAUUGCAUGACCAUAUUACGGCGGGAGGAUGAAGAUGAGACUGAAUGGUGGUGGGCACGUUUAGGAGAUAAGGAAGGAUACGUCCCACGCAAUCUUCUUGGGCUCUACCCAAGAAUCAAACCAAGACAAAGAAGUUUGGCUUAG